AUGGCUAUGUCGGCCGUUCACGGCCGAUUCGGGGAUUUACUAUUUACGUCUAAUGGCUUGCUCACAUUGAUUGGGACUUUGAUCAGCAUCACUGCAUUAACUUAUUUGGCCUCGACGAUUCAGGGCGCCGUCACAGUGCGCAAUAAACGUCAUGGAAGCCGCCCGCCAACACUCCCGUACGCUAUCCCACUGCUCGGUCAUCUUCCCGAGUUCUUAAAGGACACCAGGAAGUUUUUAGUAAGAGCUACAGCUCAAUAUGGGCCGUCUACUCCGGUCCGGAUACAGCUCCUCAACCGACGUAUGAGCCUCCUCAAAAGUGCUGAUCACAUAACGGCCCUUUUCAAGAGCUCCCGGGACCUGAGCAGCGAGCACUGGCUCGUGCAGGUGUUGGUUAAUGCAUUCGGUGUGGAGGUCGCCGAUGCACCUUUUUAUCUGGCCGACGACACAGGAAUCAGCAACCAGCCUGACUCCAGAAGCAAGAUGGCGAACCCGGAGCAUCGCAUCUUCCAUCUGGUCUAUAAGUCCGUGCACAGUGGCUUGGGCGGAAUUAGCCUCGCGGAAAUGGAGAGACAACUUGUGAGAAAUCUGUCCACCCAGAUCUACGAAACGGAUUUCAAAUCUGACACGUGGACUGAAAUCUCGGAUCUGUAUGGCUCGUUUAUCCGCAAGAUCUCCUUCAGAGCAUCCAUCGUAUCGCUCUGCGGGUCGCAUGUCUUCAAAGUGAUCCCGACCUUCGGUGAUGAUUUCUGGGUAUUCGACAGCCUCAUGCCAAAUUUGUUCAAGGAGAUUCCGCGGUGGCUGGUACCGGCGGCUUACAUGGCUAGGGAUAAAAUGAAAGACAAUUUACAAAAGUGGCAGGCGUUUGCCCAUGACCAUUAUGAUGUCAGCCAGGGCCAACUGGACAGGAGGGAAUGGGAGGAAUUCUUCGGAUCCAGGUUGAUGAGGACGAGACAUGGAUUCUUCCAGAAGAUGCCGUUGAGCAAGGAGACUGUAGCUGCGGAUGAUCUUGGUUUGAUCUGGGCGGCCACCGCAAAUACCGUCCCUGCGAUCGGCUGGAUGCUAUUGGAGGUUCUUCAGCGUCCGGAUCUUCUACUGAGAGUCCGGGAAGAGGUUGCUCCCUACAUCUCCCGGGAUCCGUCAGACCCGAGCCAGAUGGUCGUCGACAUUCCCAACCUCUGCAGCCGGCCCCUCCUCCAAUCUAUCUACGCCGAGGUCCUGCGCUUCCGUUCCGGCACCGUCAUCAACCGAGUACCCACAUCUUCCGAUUUCCACAUUGGGGGAUGGCAUUUCAAGAAGGGUGAGCAGAUCAUUGUAUCCAACUACAAUACUGGACGCAACGAAUCUGUCUGGAAUCAAGGCACUUUCGAAGACCCGCAUCCUGUCGAUGAAUUCUGGCCGGAACGUUUCAUUGUUUACCCGGAUGAUCCCAACAGCGGUCCUGUCCUACAGCAAGAAGCAAAGAAAGGGCAAGACGCGACGAACUCGAAACCAACUUUCUGCCUCAACGGGACGGCUGGAUCUUGGAUCCCCUACGGUGGAGGCACUCGGAUGUGCCCCGGACGGCAUUUCGCGAAAGAGGAGAUGAUCGUGACGAUGGCGAUGUUUCUGACGGCGUUCGAUAUUCAGCUGCUGACUGAUAAUAAUUCUUGGAUCCAGCCGGAUUUGAAUUAUUUCAUGUUUGGUGUUAUGCAUCCGAAGGGAAAGAUACCCGCUAGGAUUCGGAAGAGGGAGUUCUAA